ACAGGUUUCUGGUGGAUCUGACAGCAUAGAUUCGAAGCGACAACUGUCACCCAGAAAGCGUCCGAAGCAGCUAGUUAGGGAGAAGAUGCGCUGGUUUGAGGGCUCCAUCCCGGCGGCCAUCGCCACCUCCAAGCAGCACGGCUCUGUUUUUGUCGUCGUCAUUGCAGGAGACGAUGAGCAGUCCAAACAGAUGCUGUCCAGCUGGGAAGAUGAGCAGGUAGCCGAGCUUACAAACAACUGCUUCGUCGCCAUUAAAGUGGACGCUAAAAGUGAGACGUGUGUCCAGUUUUCACAGAUCUAUCCUGUGGUGUGUAUUCCAUCCAGCUUCUUCAUAGGCGACAAUGGAAUUCCACUGGAGAUCAUCGCUGGUGGAGUCUCUGCCGAGGAGCUGAUGAACAGGAUAAGGAAAGUCAAGCAGGUACACUCUCAGCAGACAGCUGCUGCGGCUCAGUCAAACCCAGAGACAUCAGUCCAGGCUGCAAAUCCCUCGACUUUUGAAAGCCAAUCUGUAAACUCGGAUAUCACAACGGGAAACGCCUCCACCGUUGCUGCAUCUAAAGAAUCUCUGUCCAAGCCCAUGGAAGACGCAGGGGCUUCAGGUCAUGUAACUCCAGGUGAGGAGAGGAGCCAAUCAUUAGACGACACAUCACAGGCGUCUCAGACUGAGGAGCCCCUGGACGCAAAUGUCGAGAGGUUAACAAAGAAACUGGAAGAUCGAAGAGAACAGAAACGGAAGGGAGAAGAGGAGAACGUGAUAAAGAAGGAGAUCGAGCGGCGGAAGAUGGGCAAGGACAUGCUGGACUUCAAGCGGAAACAGGAGGAGGAGAAAACGAAGCGCAUACUGGAGGAGAGAAACCGAGAGAAAGCGGAGGAGAAGGCGGCUAGAGAGAGGGUCAAACAGCAGAUCGCUCAGGACCGAGCAGAACGGGCAGCUCGAUACGCCAAAACCCAGGAGGAAGCCGACGCAGCCAGAGCGGCAGCACUACAAACCAGACAGGCUGAGCAGGAGAUGAAGAAAGAGGCUGCGCAGAGAGAAAGAAGUGCGAUUGCCAGGAUACAGUUCCGCCUCCCUGAUGGCUCCUCAUUGACCAAUCAGUUUCCCUCAGAGGCGAAGCUGCAGGAGGCCCGGCAGUUUGCAGCCCAGGAGGUGGGUAACAGGUUCGGCCACUUCUCUCUGGCCACCAUGUUCCCAAGACGCGAGUUCACAGUUGAAGAUCUGGAGAAGACCUUGCUGGAGCUCGAGCUUGCCCCCAGUGCCUCCAUCGUCCUGCUGCCACAGACUGGAAGGCCCACUAACACAGUAGUUCAGUCCUCUAGCACAGGUGGCAUCUGGUCUAUUCUGGGCACCAUCCUGUACCCUCUGCUGGCAGUCUGGAGGUUCCUGAGCUGCUUCCUCUUCAGCAGCCCUCCUCCUGCAGCCGCAGAAGCUUCACGUAACCAGCCUCCGCGCCCUUCAACCUCCACAAACACCAACUCUGAAGAACCAAAAAGAGAAACGAUCCGAAAGCGGGUCCUAGAGAAGAGACCGGAAGACUUUAAAAAAGACGGCAAAAUCUACCGGUUAAGGACCGAAGAGGACAACAAGGACGACAACAACACAUGGAACGGCAACUCCACCCAGCAAAUGUAGUGCAAUAACAUCUUUAAUAAUAAUAACUUUUUUUUCGUCUCUCUCUCUCUCUCUCUCUCUCUCUCUCUCUCUCUUUGCCCAGUCGUCUCCUGUGUUCUGACACUACUCUGAGUUGGUUUGAGUUUGCGCGUGUCAUACAGUGGAUCAUAAAUGAUUUAGAGCUCUGAUUUUCAUUCUUUCCGACCCUUAACCUCCUCCUUGCAUGGGUAGAUAAAAACCAAGUUAAAUCUCUCAUGUAAGCUUAAACAGAUAUCCACUGUGUGCAGACUUCUUGAUUUUUGCUUUCCAGCAGUCUAACGGUAAGGCCUUGCGUGCUAAAACAGGCUAAAUUAGGGGCUUGGAAGCUCGAAUCCAGAUGCCUUUUUAUUGAAACUUUAACCUGGAUGACACAAAAAAGUUUCCAGCAAAACUGUACGAUUGAUUUUGCGGCACUAGGCUCCGGGCAACGAGUUUGUUUUAUACACAAGCUUGGAAUCCCUCGGCAGAUAAAUGUUUCUACUGCUUGAAAGUGGAAGUUACUUUAACACUGUCAUUUAACAAAAUAAUAAAGGAGAUUUUUCAAUUACA